GUUUAUUAAAAUAUUCUUAGUGUAAAAAUUUUAAAUUAUGAUUUAUGAAGAAAAAACACCGCUUAUACAGCCAUCAAGUUUAUCAAAACGUCCACGAAAAGGUUUCAUUAUACCACAGCGAUGGGUUCUGGGUAUAAUGGGCUUUUUAGCUGUUGUGAUGGCGUAUGCAAUGCGAGUAUGUUUGUCCAUGGCAAUUGUUAAAAUGGUUAGGCCGGAUGAAGCUGAUCCAGAAUAUGAAGAUCACACGUGCUCAUUUAAUUCAACUGAAGGAGACAAUGAACACUCUGGUGGUGAUUUUGAUUGGUCUGAUCAAGAACAAGGAUUGAUUUUAAGUUCAUUCUUUUGGGGAUAUGUAAUAACACAUUUGCCUGGUGGACUUUUAGCGGAAAAAUUUGGUGGAAAACAUACCUUAGGUUUGGGUAUUCUAUCAACUGCUAUUUUCACUUUACUAACACCACUUGCUGUUGAUAUUGGAGGAAAAUAUUUAUUACUAGCUGUUCGAAUUUUAGAAGGUCUUGGCGAGGGUACAACAUAUCCUGCAUUAAAUGCACUUUUGGCGCAAUGGGCACCACCACAUGAACGUGGCCAAAUUGGAUCAUUAAUAUUCGCCGGUUCACAAAUUGGUACAGUUUUGGGAACACUGUUAAGUGGUGUACUUCUAAAGAAUUAUGAUUGGUCAAGUGUAUUUUAUGUAUUUGGGGCAAUGGGUGUUGUAUGGUGGUUAUUGUGGGAUUUAUUAUGCUACAGCGAUCCCAAUUCACAUCCAUGGAUUAGUGAUGAUGAAAAGAAAUAUUUAGAAGAUCAAAUAGGGGGAAAACGAAACAAUGAUCUACCUCAACCUCCAUUCAGAGCACUUUUGACAUCGGUACCAUUAUGGGCUUUAAUUUGUGCACAAAUUGGACAUGAUUGGGGAUUCUUUACCAUGGUCACCGAUUUGCCAAAAUACAUGUCACAAGUUUUGAAAUUUAGAAUUCAAAGUAAUGGAAUUGUAUCAAGUAUUCCAUAUGUCGUAAUGUGGAUUGUUAGUAUUUUCGCUGGAUGGUUAUGUGAUUGGACGAUUAAGAAAAAUUAUUUGAAUAUAACCAAUGCCAGAAAAAUUUUCACUACAAUUGCUUCUGUUGGACCAGCUGUGUUUAUAAUUUGGGCAUCAUAUGCUGGAUGUGAUAGAAUUAUGGUUGUUGUAUUAUUUACCAUUGGUAUGGGUUUAAUGGGCGCUUUCUAUCCAGGAAUGAAAGUCAAUGGCUUAGAUCUUUCACCUAAUUAUGCUGGUACCGUUAUGGCAAUGGUAAAUGGAAUUGGUGCGUUUACAGGAAUUAUUACGCCUUAUUUAGUUGGAUUAUUAACACCAAAUCAUACACUUGAAGAAUGGCGUGUUGUAUUUUGGAUUACAUUUGUAAUAUUAGUUGGAACAAAUGUAGUUUUCGCUUUAUUUGCAAGUGGAGAAACACAAUGGUGGAAUGAUAUCGAUGCAAUUAGAAAACCAAUGAAUACUCAUUUCGAAACUGGCUUAGAUACACAGAAAAAAUCUAAAACAAAAAACACAACACAAGCAGUAGACGAACAUUUUUAAUACGUUAAACAUUAAUAUGACAUUCUGUAUUCUGAAUAGGAAGAUUGUAAAACUGGUCAAUUAAACGUCAUUCCGAUCAGCUCCCAUUUCAAAUUUUUCAACAUUGUUAAAUGUUAUUCAAAAUCUAGCAGAAGUUUUCAAAUCAUGGAAAUGUGGAGUUAUUUAGUUAAGAAUUAAUCAAUGGGUGAUAUUAUCAAAUGAACUAAAAGACUGUAAAUUGGUAAUCAUUGCCAAAGUUUUUUGGUUUAAGAUUUUUAAAAAAUUGUCUGUUUUUGUAUCCACUAAAUUUUGGUUUCUGUUAUAACGUUGACUCUUCGUUCAUGAAGAUAUUCGAGUUUCCAAUACUCGGUGAUUUCUUGAUAAAAAAGAUUCAUUUUGAUAAAUUCUCUAUUGCCUGUUUGCUGCAAUCGUACUGGAUUCUUUAAAACGACAUAAUGUAUAGCGAAAUGUGAAUGCUCAGUAUAUAAGAUAUAAGAACCAGAGAUAUGUAGAUUGUUUGUAAAAUAUUGAAUUGGGUUGUUAAACCCGCAAUUUUAGUUGCUUUGAUUACAAAGACUUGUGUUUCUGGGUAUUGGAAAUUUGAAUGGUUCAUGUACGAAACCCUUAUGAAUUUUGUUGUAAUUGUUUGACUUUCUGCCUAAGUAUCAUGUCGUAGCUAUUUAUAACAAUAUACAGGGUAGGACAUUUUAAUAUAUAAUGACUAAUACAGUUACAACAAAAGUUACAGAAUUUGAUGGGGGACAUCAUGGUCUGACAUUAGAUUGGGCAUAGUUCUUCGGGUUUCUUUAAUAGCCAAACUAGAUCCUAAGCAGUAAAAGAU